CGAGCAGAGGGUCCGGUUGGUCCAAGCUGCCGAUGCCCAGAACGUCGCCGGGGUCUUGGCACGGGGAAACAUCAACGUCCGCUCCUACUAUAUGGUAGUCGUGGGGCAACAUUCAAUAUCCGCAUACUCGUAAGGCAGACGCUGGAACCAGAGAGCGGAACACGCCAGACCGAGAUCGCGCAAAAAAGGUUCACGGCCGCGCCGCCGAGAUUGCCCAAUUAACAUUGAGAACGCCGAAUCGGGAAACAUAGCAUGCGCCUCUCUGGUAUCAUCGUCGCCGCUCUGGCAGGGCGCGCGCUCGGCCAUGGCGACCACGGCAGCGGGUCGCAAAGGCCGGUCGUCGACGAAAAUGCGAGCUGGAUGCAGAAACACAUGGCUGAGGAGCACCACGCGGCGGACUUCGACGCUGCGUCCUUCUUCGCCUUGCACGACUUUGAUGGCGAUGGCAGCUGGGACGGCGAAGAGAUCCUCCGGACCUACGGCCUGAUGGACGAGUCGAACAAGCACGUUACGGAAGACAGGAAGGCCGAGAUUGUGGGCGUCAUCACGAAGCUGCUCGACACCAACCGCGACGGGGUCGUCAGCCGCGACGAGUUCGUCCACGUCAUAGAGGUCGAGGGCAAGACGCUGCCGGACAUGGGCACCGGCCCGGGACACCACGGCGACGACGAGUACGAGUACGAGAUUCACCACUGGGAGAAGUGAGUGCCUUACCUAACUGCUUAUCGGGUGUGGCGGUUGGGGGGGGAGUGUCCGGGUGGAGAGGGUGGCU